CCAUGGCUCAACCUCAAACUCAUCUUCAGCCCAUGGCUCCACCUCAAACUCAUCCUCAGCCCAUGGCUCCACCUCAAACCCAUCCUCAGUCCAUGGCUCGUCCUCUGACCGAUCCUCAGUCCAUGGCUCAUCCUCAGACCCGUCCUCAGUCCAUGGCUCAACCUCAAACCUAUCCUCCGCCCAUGGCUCCACCUCAAACCCAUCCUCAGUCCAUGGCUCAACUUCAAACCCAUCCUCAGUCCAUGGCUCACCCUCCACCCAUGGCCAAUUCUCAAACACAUAGCCAGACUGUGACCCAUAUUCAACAAGUACCCUUGCCAAAUCAACCUGCACGUGUGAUCCAACAUCAAACCCAAACUCAACCUAUAGUCCAGCCACAGGGCCAUUCUCAGCCUAUGAUUCGGUAUCUAAUGCAUGCUGAUUCAUCAAUGCAGCGCCAAGGUCAAAUCUCACCUGCCCAGAUGCAGGCUUGGGCUCAAGUCAGAGCUGCAUCCCCAAUGUCUGCCCAGCAACAACAGGCGCAACCUCACUCUUAUCCACAGGGUUAUUCCCAGGUUCAGUCACCAUCACAGCAGUGGACACCCAAACAGGAACCACAGAAUCAAGCCUUUUCACAGCAGAGACACCCCAUUCCUCAAGCUUACCAUCAGCAGACAGAUCAAACCUCACAGUCUCAGGCAUAUCCAGCUGUCCAGAUUCGUCCACAGUGGGCCCAUCCUAGGCCCCAGCAAGGUCCUCAAAUAGGGACACCUGUGUAUGCUCACGUGGGGCCAACAUUUACUCUUCCUCAAACACAACCAAUGCCACAAACACAACCCCCAAUAAGGCCUCAGAGAAUGCAGCAGCAGCAGACACAACACCAGCCCCUACCUUAUCCUCAGUCCCUCUCUCAGCAAUAUCCACAAGUCCCUCAUCGACAUGAAAAUCAGUAUCACCCUCGACCUCAAAUGCAAACUCAAAUACCUUCCCAAUCACAGACAGCACAUUUAGCCCAUCCUCCACGUCUUUCACAGUCCCAGCUUCAAACACAGAUGCAGACCCCAUCCCAAACAAACAUCCCAACACAGCCAAUGGUAGCUGAAAAAUCCAGUGCUGCGCAGCCUCAACAGGCUCAACAGCCUCAACAGGCUCAGCAGCCUCAACAGCCUCAGCAGCCUCCGCAGACUCAGGUCAAUCUUCAGCUCCAGGAGCUCCCUCCACACCCCAAAUGUCAGGCCCAGCAGCCUCCGCAGACUCAGGUCAAUCUUCAGUUCCAGGAGCUCCCUCCACACCCCAAAUGUCAGGCCCAGCUACAGCUACAGCCUAAGAUUCAGUCACAAGUUCAAACAAUAGGUGAAGCUCCUUUCCAGCCCACAUCUCUUGUCCAACCUGCAACACAACCAGAGGUUCAAUUGCCACCUCAAACUAAGGUUUAUUUACCAAACCAACCUAAGACUGAAUCAGUGCCUCAACCUGUAUAUGACACUCAGUUGCCACCACAAGUCACAACUCAGGCACAGCUACCACCACAACUUCAGCCUCAACCUCCACAGGCCCAAUAUAGCACACAUUCCAAGUCUCAAUCACCCUCACAGGAAAGACCUCAUACCCAACCAAUUCCUCCACAGGUGACUGUGCUGCCUCAGUCCCAGGCUGAGUCACCAGACCUCUGCAUCAAACCUCCAGCCUUGGCCCAGGCACCUCCACAGGCCUACACAGAGGCUUACACCAAGGCCCAGGCUCUGGCCAGGAAUGGCUUUGAGGAGGCAAAGCACUGCCUACAGCAGCACAUCCUGGAAGCCAUCAAUGUCUUCAAAGACAAAUGUAUCUCAGCCGAGCAAAUAUCAGUCAAAGAGGCAACACUCAAGACCCUGGACCCUGAGUUACUGGACGAGUUCCUGAGAGCAGCCAAGGGCAUGGAGGCCUUUUGCACUCCGUCACAACUCAGAGAUAUGGAGUUUUUCACCCAGUCUGUCAUAUCACAGUGGGAGGCAGUGAGAACUGAGAUCUCAGGCUUUUUGCAACAAUUACGGUUUGAAGUAACAAGGCGAGACUUUAACACAGCUGCCCUGCAGUGUGAGAUGCUCUUAAGCUCUGGCUUAGAAACACAAAUUCAGGCCUGCUUCUCGGUGGACGGCAGCUUUGCGCAGGCAGGGCAGCACCUGGAGGCUCUGAGGGAGCUGUGUGACACGCUGAGCCCGGAGGACGCUCACCGCCUGGCCCAGACCCAGCUGAGGGAGUGUGAGAAGAGGCUGGCUGCCAUCCAGCACCAGUUCAGCGGAGACCAAGACGCACCACUCCCCGAGUCUAGGAUCUCUGUUGCCUUCAGUGAGGAUGUGACCGCGCAGAAGGAGCAUGAAAUGCCUCAAGUCUGUGUGGAGGUGUCCCAAGUAACGAUGAAGACCCUCAGUGUGGAGAAGAGGGAGGUUGAAAAGCAAACAUCUGUAGAGGAAGAAGUGACCAAGAAGGAAGCUUCAGAGAGAUAUGAGAAUUGUAAGAAGACGCUGCAGGCUCAACUCGCCAAAAACGAACAGAGCAUCAAGGACGUCCCAUCGGACGCAGUCUCUCUCAAAGGCUUGCAUACAAGACUGCAGGAAAUACAGUUCUUGAGGCAGGAGACAGAGUCUCUGUGGUCCGAGUACGGACUCCUGUGGUCCCAGGUCUUCCAGCUGAGUGGUAACACAGGUCUGGAGCAGGAGAAAGCGGAGCUGCAGGAGCAGUGGCGCCGCCAACUGUUGAACCUUCAGAGGAGAGGGAGUUCGCUGGGCGCCGCCCUCAGACAGAUCGACUCCACCGAGAACCACAUGGUGGACUUCACGGACCGCAUGGACCGCUACCUGAGGCAGCCCAAAGACAUCACGGCUUUCACGCUGGCUAAUACCAACAUCCUGAAGGACAUUAAGGAACUGGAUGACAACAUUCAGAAUGAGCUGGACCAACUUUCCCGCUUGGACCCUGAAUCCAGCGAUCUGGACCCCAGAGACUGUUUCCCACUGUCCCGCGAGGUUGAAACCCACAGAACCAGCCUGGACCAGCUCCGACAACAGGUCCGGAAGAGCAAAGCAGCCGCCCGAGCCCUUGACCGGUUCCUCAUGUCCCUGCGCACGGUGGACGAAGACAUCUCUGGAGUCCAAGGGACGCCCUGCAGCGACGCUGCAGUGCUGCAGGACGGUCGCUCCAAGCUGGCGCUGAUCCGACAGAGCAUCGACAGUCUGAAGGAGAAGGCUCCUCAGCUGGAUCUGCUCCUGCAGGGAGCCAGGCUGACCAUCACCCGGGACGGCGUCCCGGCCUCCUGUCUGGACAUGGUGACCGCUCUGCUGCGGAGGCUGGAGGAGGCCGACAGCGGCUUGGCCGCUCAGCAGCGGGGUCUGGUGAAGGAGACGCAGGGUAAAUCCCUGGGCCUGAGGAAGAGGGCGCUGCUCGUGGAGCUGAGGAAACUUCAGGACACGAUUGAAACGCAAGGCCUGAAGGAGCCGACCUUACCUGCUGUGCAGCACAGACUUCGCGGCCUGUCAGAUUUGGAGGGCCAGAUUCAGAGCCUGCAUGCAGAGCUCCAAAAUGUCCGUGACCUGCAGGAGAAACAGGGAGGAGGAGAAGACCUCCUGCAGGAGCUGGAGACUCAGUGGGGGGACACUCACAGAGGGUUUUCUGACCGGAAGAAGCAGUACAGCCUCCUGCUGGAGAAUCUGAAGAAGUUCCAGAGCUGCCGCAGUCGUUUGAGCAGCACCAUGCAGAGGGCGGAGCAGACCGUCAGUGAGCAGGCGUCGUACAUGGGCAGAGACAACCUGCAGAGAAGCAUGACCAAGGUGCGUGACAUUAAGGAGGAGCUUGGUGGUCUUGGGGAGCCCAUUGAGGAGAUGAGAGGUGUUUGCAAACAGUUGCAGACACAACUGAAGAAGUUUCCCGACUGCAGCGAGAGUCCAUAUGAAGCAGAGGCCCACACACUGAUGGACAACUACCUGGACGUGACAGAGAAGACUGACGCUUACAUGGACAACCUCCGGGUGGGACUGGAGCUGUGGGACAAGCAGCUGAUGCUCGGUGGAGAGGUGGACGUCUGGGCGGGAGCCAAACUCGCCCUGUUUGCUGAGAGCCAUCCCUUCUACAACGAGCAAGAUGUACUAACCAUGAGGGAUGAGAUUCACACUCACGAGGAGAACAUUGAGCAUUUCCACAAAAAGUCUGUGGAGAUCCAGGAGAUGCUGCAGAGUCAGGAGGCUCCACUGGAGCUGCAGGUGAUGGAAACACAGCUGAGGAAAAGGAUGGAGCAGGUGAAGGAGCUCUUCACUGACUGCACCGACGUCUUCGAGGAGCUGAUCGCUGUGAAGAAACACCUCGCUGAGAAGAUCGAUGAGUGCCAGUCAGCUGUGGAGAGCAUCCAGUGCUCUCUCAGUAAGACGGAUGCUUCAUCGCCGAAGGUGGAAGAACAGAUACAGGAUCUGGUGAAAGAUCUGCAGGCUCAGGAGGAGCAGGCUGAGGCUGUGUUGAAGGAGGUGGCGUUGGUUUCCAGUGUGGCCAGUUCUCAGGUGCUGGAGGCUCUUUCUGUGGACUCCGACAGGCUGAGGGAGGCCAUCUCCCGCACCAAAGACAUGAUCCACCUGAAGACAGAGGAGAGAGACAAGGGUCUCCUCAAAGUGCUCCAAGAUGAAAGGAAGUCAUUUGAAGGAUGGUACCAGGACCUGCAGUUGUCUGUCAAUGAGUGCUUUGAGAACCCUGAGAGCAGAGCAGACGUGGAGACGUCUCUGCAGAGACUCUCUAGUUUCUUAAAAUCCAACGACGCAGAGAGACGCCUGGAGCAGCUGAAGGUUCAGCUGGACAGAGGCAGCCAGCAGGUUCCUCCUGAGCAGCUCGCAGAACUCAACACCUGGCUGAAGGAGCAGCGGGAGGAGGUGGAAACGUUCAGAUCCCACUGCCUUAACCGGCAGCAGCAGAUGGAGUCGCUCCUCGGCGACUUAAACAGUCUACAAAAGCAGCACGACAGCUUCCGUGAGUGGCUGCAGGUCACGGAGAAACAGUCUGCGGUGUCACAGAAAGAUGAAGAUCUUCUCAAAGACCUCCAGGACAAGAGCGGCAGAGCUGAGGCCCUGAGGGAGCUGCUGGCCUCGUUACGCAGACAAGGCGUCAGAGCCGAAAGCCUCCUGAAGGACGGCGAUAACCUGAUCCAGCGCUACAAGAACCUGGAGGCCAGGCUGCAGAAACGGGCCAAGACCCUGAGUGACCUGCAGGGGGAGCACAACAGUUUUAAUACCCUGACUGAGAGCACAAGGACCUGGAUCCGAAACCUCCUGCGACCCCUGACCGACACCGACAGAGAGGCCCAGAGUGAGCGCAGCGGGUCCUGGAUCAAAAACAUCUUUAAGUUCCUCAGCAAACCUGGAACUAAGAACCAGAGUGAGGAGAUAAAGAGCACAGCACAGACGAUCCUGACCUCCAAACCUGAAGGAGACUCAAAGCUGGAGAACCUGAAGAGUCUCAGCCAAAGUCUGUGUGACCACGAGGACCUGGACGAAACCAGGAGACAGGACAUCCAGCGCUCACUCAGAGACACAGAGGAGCAGUGGAGAGAAGCUCUGCAGAUGGCCGAGGACACUCUGAGCGAGGCGGAAAAACAGGACCUGUUAGACCAGGACCUGGAUGCUUUAAAGACCCUGAACGAAAGUGUCCAGUCCUGGAUACGAGACCAGGAGGAGAAGCUGCAGUCUGUCCACAGUCACAUGCAGGUGGAAGAGAAGAUACAGGUCGCACAUACGGUUUUGUGCGAGGGCGAGUCCAAGCUGCUGGUCCUGAGGACGCGAGGCCAGAGUCUGCGAGAGCGCCUGCAGGAGAGCAGGAGAGCGGAGGUGGAUCGGCCGCUCUGGGACACGGAGCAGCAGUGGACGUCGGUCGUGCAGGCCGCAAGUCUGGCAGAACUGCGGAGUCUGUCUGACGACUUUGACGCUCAGAGCAAAGACACUCGCGCCUGGGUCAGAGAGCGACAGCAGAAGAUGCAGUCGGCGGGUUUUCAGACGCCGCCCGAGGAAAGACGUCUCACAGCUCAGACCAUCUUGGACGCCAGACCUGACGGCGACUGUAAGGUCAACAAUCUGAGGAGACGAGGCCAGAGCGUGUGCGACCACAAAGACGCAGACGAGGGCAGGAGGGAGUUUGUUCAGCGGGCGGUCAAAGACACGGAGGAUCAGUGGAGGACGCUGCUGAACGCCGCCCAACAGGUCAAAGGUGACGCGGAGGCUCAGGUCGCCGACGACACAGAGAGGAGGACGUUCCAGCUGAUAGAAUUUGACACCUGUCAUCUGGACACUGGACGCUGGCUUGAAGACAUCCAACAGCGUCUGUGCUCAGUGAGCAGCCAGACGUCAGCUGAGGACAGACUGCACUCGGCACAGGACAUCAUGAGCUGCAAACCUGAAGGAGACUCCAGGCUCCAGGAGCUGAGGAGACGAGGACAGAGUCUGUGCAGUCUGGACGUCGACGACGACCAAAAAAGACGAGUGGAGGAGCAGGUGAGAGCCGCCGAGGGGCGGUGGGCCGGAGCCGUGCGGGAUGCCAAAGAGACUCUGGAGAGGGCGGAGAAGCAGUGUUCGCUGGAGGGUCAGCUGAGGGACUACGAGGUCCAGAGAGAGAGCACCAGAGUCUGGCUGCAGGACAAGCAGCAGAGCCUGGUCGCCCUGGAGAGUCAGAGGGAUCCAGAGAAGAUCAUCGUCACUGCGCAGACGAUCCUGAGCUCCAAACCCGAGGGAGACGCCAAGCUGACGGAGCUGAGGAGACGCAGCCAGAGUCUGUCUGACCAGCAGGACGUGGAGGACGACGUGAAGCGGGAGGCCCGGCGGACGACGGAGGACUCCGAGGAGCAGUGGAGGACGGUGCUGCAGAGCGCUGAGAGCAGCCUCGGCAAGGCCGAGGUCCAAUACUCGCUCUCCAGGGAGGCGGAGGCCUUGUGCUUCCAGGCCGAGAGCACCAAGGCCUGGGUCCAAGACCUGCAGGAAGAGGCCGACGCCAAGGGCAGAGGCCCUCGGGGAAGUCAGGCUCAGAUAGAGGACCGACUCAACACUGCACAGAUCAUCUUAAGCUCCAGGUGCAACGCCGAGGCUCGCGUGGCCGAGCUGAAGAGACGAGUGCAGAGUCUCUGUGAGCACAAAGACCUGGAGGACGAGAAGAGGCUGGAGGUGGAGCAGACGGUCGGAGACAUCGAGGAGCAGUGGAGGACACUCCUUCAGGCUGCCGAGGACACGCAGAGAGAGUUGAAGGACGUCGUGGAGCGCCAGACGUCCUGUCGCUACAAGCGCGUCCAGGCCGAGUCGCGUCUCUCUGAGAUCCAGGCGCAGGCGUCCGCGCUGCCGCGGCUCUUUCCCUGGCCGGGCCUGGGAGAGCGGAGGCAGGCGGUGGAGAGGGCGCGGGGGCUGCUGGAGCAGAGCACGGCGCUGGCUCCUGUGCUCGCACGCGUUCGCGCUCAGGCAGCAGAACUGUUUGAGGUCACUCAGGAUCCAGACUGGGCCGACGCGUCCUGGUCGACCGGGGAGGAGACGACGAUCCCCGCUCUGCUCAAAGAGCUGACGGAAACGGUGGCGCUCAUGGUGCAGGGCGUCAUGACGGAGAGACAGUGCACUCAGCUGGUGGAGCAGCAUGAAGCAGCUCAGGACUGGCUGAGGGAACACGUCAAAGGCCUGGAAGAACCUCCGGCCGACAGACAGGGUCUGCACAACACUGUCAACACGCUGAAGGCUUUGCUGCAGACGGUGGAGCGGGAGCACAGAGAGAUGAAGGAGCUGGACUCGGCCAGAGACGACCUGCUCAGCCUGUGCACGCCCGGCGGCCGCGCCGCUCUCGCCCUGAACGUCGGCCACCUCCACGACCUCUGCGCCGCCUCGGAGCAGGAGGUGAGGAGGCGGCUGGCGCUCUGCGAGUCCCGUCUGGAAGGACUGGAGCUGCAGCUGGACCAGAGGAGCCGGGAGCUGAAGGAGAGGGCGGCGGCGCUGCAGUGGGAGCUGCGCUCUCUGGACCAGGCGCUCACCUACAGUGAACCGCAGAACAACAUUGCUCAGCUUCAGCAGCACUGGAGCAGCCUGCAGAACUGUGAGAAGUCGCUGGAAGAUUUGGGCGUGAAAGUUCACGACCUCCGCGAGGAAGUGAGGUCAGCGCCGGACACCAGCGAGCUUCCUGCAGAAAUAGUCCGAGUGGUGGAGUCUUUAUGUCAACAACAUGACAGUUUGAAGUCCAGGCUGAAUGAGCAUCGAGGCACCUGCACCACAAACACAGUGCGCUGUCUAAGAGAGUGUCUGGAUGCCCUGCAGCAGUGGAGUCAAAGCAAACCGUCACAGACCGUUUCCUCUGUGCAGGGGACGUUAGACGAGGGUGAAAAGUUGCAGGCCAGACUGCGGGAGGCGCUUUCUCAUCACGAGUUUCUGACAGACUGCCUGACACCAGUUUUGUUUGUGAAACUGGAGAGAGACGGAUCAGAAACACUCGGAGAAGCUGAGACUCAUAAAAGCUCCCUCAACUGGAGCUUAAAGGACCUUGAAGAAGAGGAGAAACAAAGACAACAUGACCUUCAGUCCUCUGAUGUCCAGUCCAUUAGUCUGAAGAAGACAGGGACCUCUUUCGUGGCACCGCCAAGAAAAAGCAAGCGCUCUCCCGAGAAAAAAGCCCAAGUUAAGCUGCAAAAACCCAUUCCAUUAACAGGAGAAUCCACAUCUGCUGAGGACGUCUUGUCAGUUUCAGUUGAGGCUUUGCAAACUGAGACUUCAGCGCCAAAGCCUGACGUGACAGACUCCACGGAAGACGCCGAGACUGCCGCAGAGGAAACGUCAACAUGGAAAUCUGUUUCAGAAACCAUCACCACCACUGAAGAGGCACAACUUAAAGGUUCAAAGCCCGAUGUCACGGGUGAACCCAGUGAAGCUGCGGCCGGUGAACCCUCACUGAUCCAGGACGUCACUGAAACCGUUGUUCAAGAAGAAACUACACCUGUACCAUCCAGAAGAAAAACCAAAACCAAAACCACUGUCUCAUCCAGACCACUUAUUCUGGACGGGACAAGGAUUCCUGACCCUGUAAAAACUGAUGUUGAGGAUGAACUCACCAAGAAAGUUCAUGAGAUCCCAGAAUCACUCACAGAGCAAGUAAAGACAACGGCAGAGCCCGGGCAAUCUGGUGAAGAGGCAAUGAGUCUAGAAGUGUCCCAGGCAAUCACGGAUGCAGAAACUAAACAGUUAAAGGAUGAUUUUGAAAGUCCAACUCUCCUGACUUCAGAGCCUGUCACGGAAACAGAUGCAGAACAACCCAAGUCUGGUCUUCAAACACAAGAGUUGGAGAGUUCAGAACUUUCCACAGUUUCAGAGCCGUUUACUGCACAGACUUUAAUUGCUGAUUACUUUGAAGAGCUUCAGGAAACUAAGAAAGAACCUGACGACGGGGAAACUUCAAUUGUGCAGGUAACAAUAGAGUCGACUGAAACUGCUUCUGUGGAAGAACGUAGACUCUUGCCAAGUGAAAAACAGGUUGAAGACACCAAGACCGAAACACCUGAGGCUGAUAUUGUGGAGGAAAGUAAGGGUGUACCACCCAGAAAGAAGUAUAAGAGUGGUGAGCCAGUGUCAGGAGCUGAGGAGUCUACAUGUGUGGUCAAAGUAUCAGAGAAGUUUUUAACCACAGAGUUUGUGCCAGGGCUACUAGAAAGGGCUGCUUCAGAGACAAUUGAGAUUUUACUACCUAAGCGAAAGUCAAAAGGUCCAACGCGUUCUCAGAAACACACAGAUCAGCUGGCAACACACAUGGAGGGGGAACCUGAAAGUCAACCAUCUGACUUGAGUUUGAAGGAGCAAACUGAAAGUGCUGGUGUUGCUUCUCGAGAUGAGGAACCUAAAGAUAACAAGAAAGAAUAUGGCGACUUGAAGACGUCUUCAAUUACAAAGGAGGUCACUGAGAGAACUGAAAUGACUGUGAAGGAAUAUAAGCUUUCUCCAACUAAAAGAAGACCAAAGGGACCAAAGCUCUCCCCUGCACAUGGUACCAAGGGGGUGGGAGAUACCAAGCAACUGCCUGACAGCCAGGAGCCAUCCAGAGAGCAAACUGAAAAUGUUGUGGAAGGAAUUGAAUCACAGAGUCUUGAAGUCUCCACAGUUAUGGAGAAAAUGUCUCCCCACGAUAGAACUGUUGGUGCAGAGGAACCUGAAAAGACUCCCAUUGUCACAGAGUUUGGUGAAGGUCAAGCUGAAUUUGUUGUUGUGGAAAAAAGUAAAUUAUCACCACCAAGGAGAAAGUCAAAGAGAACUGAGCUACCUCUAAAACCUGCUGACGAUGAGACACCGCAGGCAUUGGAGGAGCCAGAAGGUCAGAAACCUGUUGUGAUUUCCAGUGUCCAAAAGGAAAAAGCUCUUGACAUUCUCCCAGCAUCUGAUUCAGAUAAAUCAGCUGAUGUGGCAUCUGAACACAUCACCGAAGCUGAUCAAAAGUCCUCAACUCCAGAUGAGGCCACAAGCCAGAUCUUGCCAGCCAGAAGAAAGUCAAAAAGUCCAAACGUUUCUCCAGAACUUUCACCCAUGGAGGAAACACAGGCUGUGGAAAAACUUGACAGUCAGAAAACUGAAGCUGCUAUUGUGGAGGAACCUAAGGCUUUACCCAGCAGGAGGAAGUCAAAGAGUCCAAAGGUCUCUCCAGAAGCUCCUCGCAAGGAGGAAACACAGGCUAUUGACCAAACUGAUAGUCAGAUAACUGAAGCUGCUAUUGUAGAAGAACCUAAGGUUAUACCCAAGAGGAAGUCAAAGAAAGGCCCCGACAGUCCAAAGCUAUCUUCAACUGAACCAACUGGAAUGACCGUUGAGGUAAAAGGAAAGCUGUCGCCAUCGAAAAGAAAAACAAAGGUCCCAGAACUUUCUCCUGAAGUUGUCACUAAGGAUGAGGCACAGAUUGUAAAAGAGCCUGAACUACAGACAUUGAUGGAGCAAACUGAGACUGAUGUUACAACAACUCGAGCACCAGUUUGUGACAUUACUGUGGCUGCUGUUGUGGAGUUCAAGGAAGGUGGGAAUGAGCUUGAAAUCCAUAAAUCAACUUCAACUGGAGAGGCAGUCACUGAAGCAACGGAGAUUACUGCUAUUGACGAAAGUAAGGUCUUGCCCAGUAGAAGAAAGACAAAGAGUCCAAAAGUUUCUCCAGAACCUUCUCUAAAGGAGAAAAAACAGACCAUGGAAAAGCCUGACAGUCAGAUAACUGAAGCUGCUGUUGUGGAAGAACCUAAAGUCGUACCCAACACGAGGAAGUCAAAGAAAGUCCCUGCCAGUCCAAAGCCAUCUUCAACUACAGAGGUGGAUGCAGGAAAAACUGAAAUAACUGUUGUUGAAAAAGGAAAGCUGUCACCAACCAAAAGAAAAACAAAGGCCCUUAAAGUUUCUCCAGAGCUUUUUGCCACAGUCCGAGCAAAUACUAAUGAAGAGUCUGAAAGUCAAAUGCCAUCUUCAGGUCCAGAGGACGUCACAGAAUCAACUGAUAUUUCUAUGAUGGAAAAGGGAACACCAGAUGUCACUGUUGUGGAAGAAACAAUGCUAAUACCGACUGAGGUUUGCACAGUCCCAGAGGCAGUCUCUGCUCCCGAAAGACCUGCUGAAGACGGCAAGAAGACAUGCACUGAUGACGAGAAGCCUGUCACAACUUCAGAGAUCAUCGCAGAGAAGACUGAAAUUGCAAUUGUGGAAGAAACUAAACCCAUAAGCCAGGAAAAAGACAUCAAGAGUGAUAUUACCCAGACGUUUGAGAUAAAGCCAGUUCACCCAGUAGCUGAACGCGACUCCACUCAGACCACUACUCUUGAGUCAGAGGUGACAGAAAUGAGCCCAACUGAGCAAGAAAUAAUAAAACUAAGUGAAUCUAUGAGUCAUCUUAAACUUGUGGCAACCACACUGAAAAAACAGGAUAAGGAACAAGUCUCUGAUGAACCAUUAAAACCAUCUUACAAGGAAACAUGUGUCAUUGAAAAGUCUGAGAGUCAAAUAACGGAAGCUGUGGUCAUGGAUGAACCUAAGGUUAAACCCAACAAAAGGAGGUCAAAGAAGAGUGCUAAUGGUAAGAAGCCAUCUUCAGUGGUCACAACACUGACCAAAAUGACUGAGGUGGAAAAAGAAAUUCUUUCACCAGAAGUUUCCUUCGAACUUGCCAAUAAGGAUCAGAUUCCGACUGAGAAGAUAGAAGAUCAGAUGUCAUCCAAAAUGCAAACCGAUGUUGCUGUCGUGGAAGAAACCACGCUUUUGACAGGAGAAAUAUCAAACACUUUUGAGGUUUGUGCAGUUCCAGAGGUAGUCUGUGACCUUGAAAGGCCUACUGAUGUAGAAGAUAAAGAGUCUACAAAAGAACUUGACAUUGUGGAAUCUGCAGAGGUUGCUACGGAAAAGUCGGAAACUGCGGAUGUGGAAGAAGCUAAACCCACAAGUCAGGGGGUCACUAAUCUUGUUACGUCGAUUGCCCGUCAGUUAAUAGAAACUGCAGGGGAGAUUCAAACUUCUCUAGUAGACAUGAUCAUUUCUCAAGUUGGAGUUUCAGAUGCGAAUCGGGAAGUUAGAAAAGAGGUUGUGGUACCGACUGCAGAUACUCACCAACCUCAACUGGAGAGUCCUACUUCUCAUCCUCAAGAUGAACCCCUGGAGUCUAAAGGUGACUCUAAAAAGGCCUUAGACCAAACCAUAGAUGCACCACAUGAAUCAGAAGACAUUGACAACUUACUGAAAGAGACAACAGAAAUUCAGAGGAGAUAUUUGAUACUCGAUGUGACUCGAACCACCCAGGCACAGGAGAUAAAGCCAGGCCACCCUGAAGCUGAAGGAGACACCACUCAUGAGGCAGAGGCAGAUGUGACACUAAUAAGCCCAACUGAGCAACAGAUCAUCCAACUAAGUGAAUCCAUGAGUCAUCUUAAGCUCAUUGAAACCACAAAGAAAAAAGAUAAAGUGGACAAGAAACAUGGUGUCAUUCUACAACUCGAUAAAGAAGAGACGGCAAAGGAGCCAAAAUUAGACAUCACUGAAACGAGUACAGAGAGGGAAGAAGGGCCAGAAAAGAAAGAACGGACUAGUCCUGAUAAGCCUGGGGUUGGUGUAACUGAGAUAAAUGUUCAAGUCAGCAAAACUGAAUACAGUGUCCAAGAACAGCCUUCUACACUGUUGCUACAUGACGUAGACAAACCACCCAAAAGCUUGGAUGAAAACACUUCCAUUGAGAAAAUCCACACAGAGCCUGAAGUAUGCGUUAUACAACUAGAUGUACAGACCACGACAGAGGCGCAACAGCCAAUAAUAAAUAUUCAAACAAAUGCCCAAGAAGAAAAAGAGCCAGGAGUCAAUGCUCUGAUUACUGUUGAUGUUAAACCAGAAGACACCGCAGGUGGGGUCGUUGAGAUUAAGGUGCAAGAAAGAAAAGUUGAAAGUCAAACCAAUGUGGUUCAAAUGGACUCAGCUCCGCCUGCUGAAUCGCUUCAAGCAUGUGACACAGAGCAAGAAGUCACAGAAACAAGCAUGCAUGAGGAAAGCAGGAGUGAAAUGGUGACCUUGAAAUCCAAAGAGGAAAAACCAAAAGAAAUGCAUCCUGAAACAUCAAUACAUGUAACCAAGAGCCUGGAUGAAAAGAUGGUGACGACUCAUGUGGAGCGUGAAAUACGCGUCAUACAACUCGAUAUGCCGACCACUUUUGAGGAGCACGAAAAAACACAUGUCAAGAUAACCAAAGAGCUAAAGACAGAUGUACAGACACAGAGCGACAACGGGCCUCCAAACAAAGAUGAGACUGUGGCUGACGAGCACUCAGAAGGUGCUGCCGAAAAGACAAAAGAAAUCAAGUCAGUCACUGAGGUCAUCAUAAAGGACCACAAAAUCACAUGUGUUGCAAUGACAGAGGAGCCAGGCACUGAAAGAGAACAGACUACUGCCCUUAGUGAAACAGUUCCACAAGACAAAGAAAAUGAAGAUCAGACUGAUGGGGAGGUGCCCAUGGUAGAAGUGAGGGUAGAGAAACUUGACAAGGAAGAACCACAGGAGGCUCAAGAAACCAUUUGUGUCAUCACACCUAAAGAACCACAGGCAGAUGAAGAUGCAUCUCUGAGUCUGGAUGAAACAUCUGUUAUUGAGGAAAAAGUGGACAUUGAGCCUGAAGUGUGUGUUGUACAACCUGGAAUCACUUGUAUCAUCAUGACAGAGGAGACAAGGAUUGAUGCAGAAGUGAUCGCCCUUUCUGGAAAACUUCCAGACGACAAAGAAAAGCCAGAUCAGACUGAUGGCGAGGUGACCAUAAUAGAAGUGAGUGUUGAGAAACUUGACAACGAUGAGCCACUAAAGCCUGACAAAACAGUUUGUGUUACCACACCUAAAGAACCACAGGAAGACGAAGAAGGACCUCAGAGUCUGGAUGAAACAUCUGUUAUUGAGGAGAAAGUCCUCAUUGAGCCUGAAGUGUGUGUCGUACAACCUGGGAUUACCUGUAUUGUCACCACAGAGGGGACAAGGAUUGACAAAGAAAAGCCAGAUCAGGCUGAUGGCGAGGUGACCAUGAUUGAAUUGAGGGUUGAGAAACUUGACAAGAAUGAGCCACCGGAGGCUGAUGAAACAAUUUGUGUUAUAGUUGCUGAAAAGCAAGAGGAUGGAACUCAGAGUGAUGCCAUCGAGCCAUCAUCUGUUGAUUUAUCAGCAGCUCAACUGAAUAAGACAUUGCCAGAAAUUACCUUGCCUGAGCAGGAAUUUAUCAAAGAAGGACAUGCGCAACUGUUGGAACCUAAAAUGCAUGAUGUAUCCAAGAGCCAGGAUGUAAAAUCUGAGAGUGAACAUGAACUCAAAACUGUCACAACUGAAAAGGACCCAGCACUGGAAUCAAGUAUCCAGUUGGAGACGGUUACAGAAAGCAAGGAGAUGAUUCCCACAGAUUUUCAGCCUGACAACUCGACAGUGGAGAUGAGCAUGGUAGAAGAGAAAGACAAAGCAGCUGAAUCUCUGCCUGAACUUGGUGUCACCGAUGAAGCUCAAACUGACAAAGACAAAACAGAUGCAACAGAAAAAGAGGAGGAGCCAGCGAGACCCAUUCAGGAUCAACAGACGAAAACAGGGGCCGAAGUAGAUCUACAAGAUAUUCCGUUCCCUGUAGCCACCACUGAUGAAGUCAAGAUCCAGAUGAUUGAUUCGUCAAAGGUGUCUGUGCUGGGUGAAACAAAGACAACGCUUGUAGAUAUUAGCAAACCUGAACAAGACCUCAAGCCUGGUGAGAUGAAAUUGAUCCAAGUGGAGCGUCAAAUACGCUUUAUACAACUUGAUAUGCCCACCACUCUUGAGCAGCAUUUGACAUUUGUCAAGAUAACAGAAGAGCCAAAGAUGGAUGUGGAUACUUCAAAACCAAGAGAAACAGUGAUGAAGACAGACCCCCAAGAUCUUGAAGUGCAAGAAGACAAGUCUGCACAAGGUUUUUACAAAGGUUUGAAAAAAAUACUAAGUGAAACACUUCCAGAAGAUAAAGAAAGGCAAGAAAAGACUGACGGUGAGGUGACUGUGAUCAAAGUGAGGGUUGAGAAACUUAACAAGGAUGAGCCACUGGAGGCUGCUGUUAUUGAGGAGAAAGUUCUCCCUGAGCCUGAAGUGUGUGUUGUACAACCUGGAAUCACCUGUAUUCUCACUACAGAGGUGACAAGGAUUGAUGAGGAUAAGAUCAUCCUUACUGAAGUACUUCCAGAUGACAAAGAAAAGCCAGAUCACACUGAUGGUGAGGUGACCACGCUCGAAGUGAGAGUUGAGAAACUUGUCGAUGAGGAGAAGCCAGAUCACAUUGAUGGGGAGGUGACCAAGCUUGAUGUGAGGGUUGAGAAACUUGACAAGGAUGAGCCACUGGAGGCUGCUGUUAUUGAGGAGAAAGUUCUCCCUGAGCCAGAAGUGUGUGUUGAGCAACCUGGAAUCACCUGUAUUCUCACAACAGAGGUGACAAGGAUUGAUGAGGAUAAGAUCAUCCUUACUGAAGAACUUCCAGAUGACAAAGAAAAGCCAGAUCACGCUGAUGGUGAGGUGACCACGCUCGAAGUGAGCGUUGAGAAACUUGUCGAUGAGGAGAAGCCAGAGCACAUUGAUGGGGAGGUGACCACACUCGAAUUGAGUGUUGAGAAACUUGACAAGGAUGAGCCACUGGAGGCUGCUGUUAUUGAGGAGAAAGUUCUCCCUGAGCCUGAAGUGUGUGUUGAGCAACCUGGAAUCACCUGUAUUCUCACUACAGAGGUGACAAGGAUUGAUGAGGAUAAGAUCAUCCUUACUGAUGAACUUCCAGAUGACAAAGAAAAGUCAGAUCACACUGAUGGUGAGGUGACCACACUCGUAGUGAGGGUUGAGAAACUUGUCGAUGAGGAGAAGCCAGAUCACACCGAUGGUGAGGUUACCACGCUCGAAGUGAGGGUUGAGAAACUUGACGAGGAUGAGCCACUGGAGGCUGCUGUUAUUGAGGAGAAAGUUCUCCCUGAGCCUGAAGUGUGUGUUGAGCAACCUGGAAUCACCUGUAUUCUCACUACAGAGGUGACAAGGAUUGACGAGGAUAAGAUCAUCCUUACUGAAGAACUUCCAGAUGACAAAGAAAAGCCAGAUCACACUGAUGGUGAGGUGACCACGCUCGAAGUGAGGGUUGAGAAACUUGUCGAUGAGGAGGAGCCAGAUCACAUUGAUGGGGAGGUGACCACGCUCGAAGUGAGGGUUGAGAAACUUGUCGAUGAGGAGGAGCCAGAUCACAUUGAUGGGGAGGUGACCACGCUUGAUGUGAGGGUUGAGAAACUUGACAAGGAUGAGCCACUGGAGGCUGCUGUUAUUGAGGAGAAAGUUCUCCCUGAGCCUGAAGUGUGUGUUGAGCAACCUGGAAUCACCUGUAUUCUCACAACAGAGGUGACAAGGAUUGAUGAGGAUAAGAUCAUCCUUACUGAUGAACUUCCAGAUGACAAAGAAAAGCCAGAUCACACUGAUGGUGAGGUGACCACGCUCGAAGUGAGGGUUGAGAAACUUGUCGAUGAGGAGAAGCCAGAUCACACCGAUGGUGAGGUUACCACGCUCGAAGUGAGGGUUGAGAAACUUGACGAGGAUGAGCCACUGGAGGCUGCUGUUAUUGAGGAGAAAGUUCUCCCUGAGCCUGAAGUGUGUGUUGAGCAACCUGGAAUCACCUGUAUUCUCACUACAGAGGUGACAAGGAUUGAUGAGGAUAAGAUCAUCCUUACUGAAGUACUUCCAGAUGACAAAGAAAAGCCAGAUCACACUGAUGGUGAGGUGACCACGCUCGAAGUGAGAGUUGAGAAACUUGUCGAUGAGGAGAAGCCAGAUCACAUUGAUGGGGAGGUGACCAUGCUUGAUGUGAGGGUUGAGAAACUUGACAAGGAUGAGCCACUGGAGGCUGCUGUUAUUGAGGAGAAAGUUCUCCCUGAGCAUGAAGUGUGUGUAGUACAACCUGGAAUCACAUGUAUUCUCACUACAGAGGUGACAAGGAUUGAUGAGGAUAAGAUCAUCCUUACUGAUGAACUUCCAGAUGACAAAGAAAAGUCAGAUCACACUGAUGGUGAGGUGACCACACUCGUAGUGAGGGUUGAGAAACUUGUCGAUGAGGAGAAGCCAGAUCACACCGAUGGUGAGGUUACCACGCUCGAAGUGAGGGUUGAGAAACUUGACGAGGAUGAGCCACUGGAGGCUGCUGUUAUUGAGGAGAAAGUUCUCCCUGAGCCUGAAGUGUGUGUUGUACAACCUGGAAUCACCUGUAUUCUCACAACAGAGGUGACAAGGAUUGAUGAGGAUAAGAUCAUCCUUACUGAUGAACUUCCAGAUGACAAAGAAAAGCCAGAUCACACUGAUGGUGAGGUGACCACGCUCGAAGUGAGAGUUGAGAAACUUGUCGAUGAGGAGAAGCCAGAUCACAUUGAUGGGGAGGUGACCACGCUUGAUGUGAGGGUUGAGAAACUUGACAAGGAUGAGUCACUGGAAGCUGCUGUUAUGGAGGAGAAAAUUCUCCCUGAGCCUGAAGUGUGUGUUGAGCAACCUGGAAUCACCUGUAUUCUCACAACAGAGGUGACAAGGAUUGAUAAGGAUAAGAUCAUCCUGACUGAUGAACUUCCAGAUGACAAAGAAAAGUCAGAUCACACUGAUGGUGAGGUGACCACACUCGUAGUGAGGGUUGAGAAACUUGUCGAUGAGGAGAAGCCAGAUCACACCGAUGGUGAGGUUACCACGCUCGAAGUGAGGGUUGAGAAACUUGACAAGGAUGAGCCACUGGAGGCUGCUGUUAUUGAGGAGAAAGUUCUCCCUGAGCCUGAAGUGUGUGUUGAGCAACCUGGAAUCACCUGUAUUCUCACAACAGAGGUGACAAGGAUUGAUGAGGAUAAGAUCAUCCUUACUGAAGAACUUCCAGAUGACAAAGAAAAGCCAGAUCACGCUGAUGGUGAGGUGACCACGCUCGAAGUGAGGGUUGAGAAACUUGUCGAUGAGGAGAAGCCAGAGCACAUUGAUGGGGAGGUGACCACACUCGAAUUGAGUGUUGAGAAACUUGACAAGGAUGAGCCACUGGAGGCUGCUGUUAUUGAGGAGAAAGUUCUCCCUGAGCCUGAAGUGUGUGUUGAGCAACCUGGAAUCACCUGUAUUCUCACAACAGAGGUGACAAGGAUUGAUGAGGAUAAGAUCAUCCUUACUGAUGAACUUCCAGAUGACAAAGAAAAGCCAGAUCACACUGAUGGUGAGGUGACCACACUCGAAGUGAGAGUUGAGAAACUUGUCAAUGAGGAGAAGCCAGAUCACAUUGAUGGGGAGGUGACCACGCUCGAAGUGAGGGUUGAGAAACUUGACAAGGAUGAGCCACUGGAGGCUGCUGUUAUUGAGGAGAAAGUUCUCCCUGAGCCUGAAGUGUGUGUUGUACAACCUGGAAUCACCUGUAUUCUCACUACAGAGGUGACAAGGAUUGAUGAGGAUAAGAUCAUCCUUACUGAAGUACUUCCAGAUGACAAAGAAAAGCCAGAUCACACUGAUGGUGAGGUGACCACGCUCGAAGUGAGGGUUGAGAAACUUGUCGAUGAGGAGAAGCCAGAUCACAUUGAUGGGGAGGUGACCACGCUUGAUGUGAGGGUUGAGAAACUUGACAAGGAUGAGCCACUGGAGGCUGCUGUUAUUGAGGAGAAAGUUCUCCCUGAGCCUGAAGUGUGUGUUGAGCAACCUGGAAUCACCUGUAUUCUCACAACAGAGGUGACAAGGAUUGAUAAGGAUAAGAUCAUCCUUACUGAUGAACUUCCAGAUGACAAAGAAAAGUCAGAUCACACUGAUGGUGAGGUGACCACACUCGUAGUGAGGGUUGAGAAACUUGUCGAUGAGGAGAAGCCAGAUCACACCGAUGGUGAGGUUACCACAUUCGAAGUGAGGGUUGAGAAACUUGACGAGGAUGAGCCACUGGAGGCUGCUGUUAUUGAAGAGAAAGUUCUCCCUGAGCCUGAAGUGUGUGUUGUACAACCUGGAAUCACCUGUAUUCUCACAACAGAGGUGACAAGGAUUGACGAGGAUAAGAUCAUCCUUACUGAUGAACUUCCAGAUGACAAAGAAAAGCCAGAUCACACUGAUGGUGAGGUGACCACACUCGAAGUGAGAGUUGAGAAACUUGUCGAUGAGGAGAAGCCAGAUCACAUUGAUGGGGAGGUGACCACGCUUGAUGUGAGGGUUGAGAAACUUGACAAGGAUGAGCCACUGGAGGCUGCUGUUAUUGAGGAGAAAGUUCUCCCUGAGCCUGAAGUGUGUGUUAUACAACCUGGAAUCACCUGUAUUCCCAUGACAGAGGGGACAGUGAUUAAUGCAGAAAAGAUCAUCCUUACUCGAGAACUUCCAGACGACAAAGAAAAGCCAGAUCAGACUGAUGGUGAGAUGACCAUGAUUGAAUUGAGCGUUGAGAAACUUGAUAAGGAUCAGCCACAGGAGGCUGAUGAAACAAAAGGACCAAAUAUUGACCAAGAUGCACCUCUGAGUUUGGAUGAAAUGUCUGAUAAUGUGGUGGAAAUUAUAGAUUCCAUUAAAAAGGACCAAGAAAUCACAUAUGUUACCCUGACCACUGUGCGUAGGAUUGAAAGUGAAAAGAGUGAAAUAGUUCCAGAAGACAUAGAAAAGCCAGAUCAGCGUGAUGGUUACGUGGAUGAGCCACAGGAGGCUGAUCAAACAAUUUUUGUCACAACGACAACAGGACCAAAAAUAGUUGCACCUCAGAAUCUGGAUGAAACAUCUGUUAUUGAAGAGAAAAUCCACAUGGACCAUGAAUCUGAUGCACAGGCCACUACAGAGGAUAAGGAAUUCUCCCAUGUUGAUCUUACACUGGAGGCUAGCACUGACACAGAACAGACAGAAAAGCCUGAGAAACUUCAAAUGGAUGAGCCAAAGAUGGCUGAUGAACCCAUAUGUGAUACCAUUUGUGUCAUCACACUAAAAGAACCACAGGUUUAUCAAGAUGCACCCCAGAGUCUGGAUGAAUUGUCUGUUAGUGAGGACCAAAUCAACAUCAAGCCUGAAGUAUGUGUUGUACAACCUGAGACACGGAUCAUCAUAACAGAGCAUGAAAUCACAUAUGUUCCAGUGACAAAGGAGGCAAUAUUCUCUGAACAAGACCUUAAGGAUUUUGAAGUACAAGAAGAGAAGGGUGAAGUUUAUACAGAUGAUUUUCAUGAUGCAAUUCAGAGUCUGGAUGAAACAUCCGUCACAACAGCAGAGGAGGCAAUGAUUGGUACAGAGCAGACAAGUGUUCUCAGUGAAAAGAUGGCAGAAGAUGAUGUGACCAUGGUUGAGACACAUGACAUGACACAUGACAUGCACAAGCCAGAGAUGGCUGAUGGAACCACUUGUGUUAGGAUCGCAAAAGGACCAAAGAUAGAAAAAGUUCAGGCAAGUAUUACACGUAAAACCUUGCCAGAAAGCAAACAUAAGACAACAACUGACGUUCUUCAUCUCAAGGAGGCAAGAGUUCACAUGCAUGAGACGCAGGGGGAUGCAAUUCAGAGUGACACAACUGAACCAUCCUCUGUUGAUUUAUCAGCAAAUCAGCCUUUAAGCCUGGAUGACACGUCUGUUUGUGUGGAGAUAAUUAUCAAGGCCAUUAUAAAGAAGCAUGAAAUGACAUAUGUUACAGUAACAAGGGAGUCAAUAAUUGAUACAAAACAGACAUGUGCCCUGAAUGUACCAGAAGAUAAAGUAAAGCCAGCACACUCUGCUAUUAAGAUGACUGUUCUGGAAGUGAAGGUUGAGACAAAUGACAUGAAUGAGUCACAGAAGUCUGUUGACACGACAGCAGUAGGACCAAAAACUGAUAUCAUUCCAAAGAUUUCCGAGGCGGAAAAAAGACCAGAAAACAAAGCUAGGACCAGAGCUGAUGUUCUGUCAGGGGAGAGUACAGUGAAGUUGAGAGUGGAUGUGCGAAAAAGCAGUGUGGAAAAGCAAGAGGAUGCAGUUCAGAGUGACUCCACAGAACCUUUUGGCGUUGAUUUGUCAGCAGCUGAGACAUUUACAGCAACAGAAAUGAACUUAUGUGAGAGAAACAUCACAAAACCAAGAGAAACUGUGAUUAAGAUCAGCCUCACAGAUCGUGAAGUGCAAGAGGGGCACUCUGAGGUUUCUACAGAAGAUGUUCAUGAUGCACCUCAAAGUCUGGAUGAACCACCUGACAGUUUGAAGGCCAGAGAACAUGAAAGCACGUGUGAUACAGUCACAAAGGAGCCAAGGAUUGAUAAGGAUCAGACAAGUGUCUUGAGUGAAAAAGUACCAGAAGACAAAGAAAAGCCAGAACCGACUGCUGGUGAGAUGACCGUGGUAGAAGUCAAGGUUGAGAAUACUGAUGAUUCACAAAAGAUAUUAGAUGAAAAACCUGAAACAGUGGAUGAAAUCCACAAGGAGGAUGAAAACAUUUCUGUCCCAACAGUCGAAGAUGUAAAGAUAGACAUCAUUGAAACAAGUGUGAUGUGUGAAAGCUUGCCAAAAGAAAGCAAAGUCAAGACAACAGCUGAGAUUCAUUCUGAGGAGACCAGAGUUGAAGGUGAGAAGAAGAGACUGAUCCAGGGACAACGAGGAGAAACAAGAGUCAAAGUAGAGCAACAAGAUAUUCUACUCCUAGAAACAACCACCAGUGAAGGCAAGCUUCAGAGCUUAGGUCUUCGAAAGCAGGAGUUCAGUGCUGAGGUGAAGCUAUCACCUGCUCAAAGACCAGUUUCUGAGGCUGUUCUGGAUGAGAUAACCCAAGUGGGUGGAUUACCUGCUCAGGAAAACAAAGAAGAAAACGUUAUGACGAUGGAGAAACUAGUUGUGGAAGUACCCGAAUGCUCUGCCAUGAGGAAUGUCUUCACAGAGAUACAGCCACUGGUCGGGACUGGACGCAGCAUUCAGGAGGAGGCACCAGAGACGCUGGUGACGCCCACCAAUGAUAUGGAGGCUUGUCUACACAGACUGGUCGCUCAAAUCCUGAGUUGCAAGAAUCGCCCGGCUGAUCUCAGCCCAACAGCAAUGGCCCGGCAGGUGGAGGAAGCUCAGCAGUGCAGAGACGCUGCACAGGCCCAGGUGUCUUUGCUCUGUCACCUGAGAGGAGCUGAUGCUGAGAACGGGGACGUGUUGGACGAUCAGUGGAGCGCCACUGCUCAGGAUGCAGCUGCUGUCAUCCAUAGCAAAGAGGCCGAGCUGCAGCUGGUGAACGACUACUGUGGACAGAUCCAGACAAUCAGGACCACAGUGGAGAGACAGGCCGCAGAACUGGACGAUGUGAAAACGUCUCCAGAACAGAGCAGCUCCAAGGAGGCAGAGAAGCUCUGCUCCAUACAGAAGAACAUGGAGGCAAACAGAACAGUGUUUGGAGACUUGCUCUUGAUCUUCACCAAGUUGUGUCCUCACCUCAGCCAGUCUGAGCGAGCGUCCGCACACGCUGAGCAGAAGAACCUACUCGAGAAGUGGAGAGGCCUGGAGAGAGCCACGGAGAGGAACCUUCAUCACGCAAACGUCACUUCCCAUGAGAUCAGCAGCAUCCAGGCGCAGACGUUAACCCUCCAGGAACACCUGGAUGCAAUUGAGAAAGAUCUUGAGGGCAAAUCUCCUUCAGUUACUCAGUGGAAUUGCAGGAAAGCUCAGCAACUGAUGGAGGCAAAUGCUGAGGUUAAAGCCGCACAGCAGAGAUACCUCUAUCUGCUGCAGAUUUUAGAAACACUGUUGCUCAGCUCACGGUGGGAGGCGGAAACAAAAGAAGUACAACAGCGUUUCCAGACGAUUGAAGAUAAACUGAACCACACCGAGGAGCUAGUGUCCACCCACACCCAGACCAGCAGCAACCCCGUCAUGGAGAAGAUCAUCACAGUGAUGAACGAUGGCCUCGUGUGGGCCAAACAGACCGAGAGUGACAUUGAGGGCAGAAGGAGGAGGGUGCCGCUCCUGCCUGAAGAGGUUCACCACCAGCUCAGAGAUCUGAAGAAGCUGCAGUCUGAGGUCAUGGGCAAACAGGGCCAACUGGAGUUACUGGUGGAGGAAGUGACGGAGCUCCUUCCACAGCUGGACCAAAGCGAGGAGGUGCCCAUGGUUCGUGCUUCUCUUCAAACCCUCGAUCAACUCUCAAACUCCACUUCCGAUAAGCUAGCUGCAGCUGUGAGAGAGAUAGAAUCAGGGCUUCAGACCAGAGAGAAGAUGUCAGAGCAGAUUGCUGAUCUGGAUUCAUGGGUGAUGGCUCAUCUGCACCGAGAGGCCUCCAGGGCUGAAGACGGGGAAUCGAGGAGCCAGGCCGAACUGGAACGUAGAGCUCGUCAGAUACAGGAGACGCUGACUGAGGCUGAUAAACUAGCUGCUGUCUGUGAGGCACUGUUGAUGAAGAGCAGAGAUAUUUCCUCUGAACUCAGUGUCUCAGAGAACUGUCAGCUUUUUGAAAAGCUUUCUAAUCUACAGGAGGACAUCAGAGCUAUUAGCAGCUACGAAAAGACCAACAAGAAGGAGCUGGACGAAGUCCUCCAGACUGUAGAUUCAAACAAGAAAAACCUGGACGCCAUUGAACAAAGCUUGAGGCAGAUGAUGUUGGACCUCAGCAGACACAGGUUCCCCAUCACAACUGAGUCUCUGCAACCUUUGAAGCCUUUCAAAAACCAGAUCCUGGAGCAUAAAUCCCAGAUUGACCUCCUGCAGCCCUGGAUUGCACAGGAAAAGGCAGUAGAACUACACACUGUCAUUUCUGAAAUCCACAACAAAAUCAUCAACCUGGAAACUAAAUCCAGAGACCAUGAGAGGUACCUGAACAUGAGGAAACGUGUGGAGGAGCUCAGGGACCAAGUUCAGGACCAGGUUCGACAAACCAAAGAGGACAGCAAGGGGCUGAAGGAGAAGUACAAAAUCUGUCAGACCCUCCUCAUCCAGUUGCCUCUGGUAAAGUGGUUUUGUGAGGAGGCUCACUCUGAACUUCAGACGAUCAUCUCUGACCUCUACCCUUCUCAGCAGUCAGCAGAAAAACAGAGGCUCAAACAGACCGAGGAGAACCUCGACAUGUGGCAGAUCAUGCUCUACAACAACCUCAGCAUCAUCGAGUGGGACCUGCUCAAGGAACUGGACCUUGAAUCGGUGAAAAAAGACACUCAAGUGUUCCUUGUAUUGGUCCAGCAGCAGCUUCAGAAACACACCGAGCUGGAGCCUCAUGAAGCUGCGGUGAGCGAAGAAUAUCAGAGGGUUCUGUCUUUGAAAAAGACGAUGGAGUCAAAAAUGAGAGUGGUGGAGAUUUUAGAGCAAAAGAAGGGAAAGAGAAAAGACGGAAAACAAGAUCUGACAGUGUUGAGGAACUCUGUCCUCAGCGACUGCGACUCCAGAAUGGAAAGCGUCCUCCAGGCCAGGGAGUCUCUGAGAGGCUACACCAGUGCCGUGAAACGAGCCGCGCUCUUCCUGAAAGACGUCGAGGUCUCUCUGCUGCCACCACACAGCUCUGCUGGACUCUGCAGCGAGAGGCUGGAGGAGAUCCAGAAGGCUUUGUCUGCGCUGCAGCAGCAGUUCCAGACUCACGUGGAGCAGCUCCAGAGUCAGUUCUCUCUGCAUAAUCUCCUGUCGCCGCAGAAGGCCGAGCAGCUCCAGGAGAACAUCCUGAGUCAGCUCCUGGUCAGGAUGUCCUCUCUGCAGGCCAAAGGUCACCACCAGCUGGAGUCUCUCAGCAGGUGUGCAGAACAUCACAGAACUUACAUCAAGUGUGGAGAUGAACUAAUCCAGCGUGUGAAGAGUGCAGAGGAGAGCCUGCUACAGUUCAUCUCUCAGAAACCCACCUGUCUCUCUGACUGCACUGACCAGGAGGCAAAGCUUGCGGCUCUGUGUGAGGAGGAGGAGUCUCUGCUCAGGCGCAUGUACGACAUGAAGGAGUGGUGUCCGGAGCCGAGCUGUCGCGGCGGCAGAGAGGCCGCGGUGACCGCCGUCUGGAAACGAGUGACCAGACUGUGGCGCUGCACCCGGGAGCUGGCAGCUCGCAGUAAACAGAGGAUCGUGGAGUGGACGGAGGUCAACAACAGCGUGGAGAAUGCAUCGACUGUGCUGGACCAGGUGGAGGCGGAGCUCCCUGAUACCUCGCAGGUGAAGGCGUCCGCUGAGGAGCUCCAUGACCUGCUGCAGUCCUGGGAACAGUACCAGGACCGACUGGACUGUGAGCACCGAUCGCUGUCGGCACUGGAACUGCGCGCCGCAAGAAUGCUUGGUGUCCCCGCCCACCUUGAGGAGGCCCCGCCCACUCCACUCUGUCAGCGGCUGCAGGCGAUGCAGGCCCGAUACGGCAGUGUGAAGCAGAGGAGCAGGGAGGGUUUGGAGGCGACCAGGUCAGAGCUGGAGCACAGAGAGAAGGUCCAGAAGGAUCUGCAGGGCGUCAGAGUUUGGCUGCAGGCUGCAGACGCUCUUCUGUCAGAGAUGGAGAGAAACAACAGCACACAAGAGCUGCAGGAGGUCCACAGUCAGCUCUAUACCCAGAAGGCUUUGCUGCAGCGCAUCAUGGAGAGUCUGAAAAUGAAAUACUCUGACAUGGACACGCCCAUCCCGGUCGAGAUCGAGGGUCAAAUGCAGGAGGUCACUCAGUCUCUGCAGGGAGUUGAAGUCAAGGUUGGCAAGGCCGUGGAGAGGAGUGGUCCUGUCCACAGGCUCGGGGCGAAGCUGUCCGAGCUCCAGGCUGGACUGAGGUCAGUUCAGGACAGACUGGACCAGAGGAGCCCGACCGUGAUCGAGGCAAAGGUCACUCAGAAGCGAGUGUGGGACGAGCUGGACGUGUGGCACUCGUGUCUCGCGUCAGUUGAGGUGGACAUGCAGGACCUGGACAAACCUGAAGAGGCGCUUAGCCUCACGGAGAAGCUGGUGGAGGUCCAGCAGCUUCACUCGCAACUGUCCAAACGGGCCGAGCAGAGGACCACGCUCCUCAGCAAGACUCACACGUGGCUUCAGGAGCAUCGCGAGAUGAUCAGCAGCUCCAAGAGCUGGAUGGCAGAAGCUCAGUCGUGGCUCGCUGCUCCCUGCACCUACACCACGUCUAAAUGUCUGAGCAGCCACGUUCAGUCUCUGCAGAUGGUGUUGAGCGACUCGGCUCAGAUCCGCACCACACUGCAGGGCUUCAGCUCGGUGCUGCAGGAAAUGUCUCAGGUGUGCGAGGUCACCGCCCUCAAACAGCAGCUGCUGGACGCCGACCACCAGGUGGCCGAAGUUCAAGACGGCUUCACCGCUCCUCUGGCUCACCUGCAGCACGCCGCCGCCGAGGUGGAGGCCAUCGAGAGCGAGGUCAGGAGGAUGGAGAACGACGUCACGGAGAUCAAGACUUCCUUAUCGUCUCCAGAGGCUUUCCCCAGUCCGCGAGAGGAGCACCUGAAGGGGGUCGAGCGAAGGAUCCAGUCCAUGAGGAAAACAGUGGCCGAGAUCCAGAGGUGUAAGCCAGGCCUUUGUCUUCCAGAGAAGGCAGAGGAGACUCUGACUGUCUUCUCUGUUGUGGAUCAGCUCCAGACUCAGCUGCUGGAACUGGAAAAGAAAGUCCCUGCUCUGUUCAUCCAGCAGCCGGCGACACCGGUCCAAACCAAAGCACAGUCAGCCGAGCAGAAGACCAGCGAGGUGGAGGACGAGAAGGAAGACGCAGAGGACGGCCACAUCAAAAUUGUCCACGUGGAAGACGACGUCCUGAGGAGAAGUGGAGCCGCGCUGUUGACCGUGGAGCGGUCAACACCUGAGCAGAGACGGUCGCCUGACCCCGCUCAGGCGGCUCUGGGACAAUCGACCAAUGUUUGCGGCUUUGCUGUGAAUUCAUCACAACACGAGCACCAAGGCAAAGUGCUUGAAGCUGAAGAAGCCGCAGAGAAAAAAGACAGCAGUGAGGAGCAGGGAGGUGUUUGGUGGUGGCUCUGGGAAACUUUCCUGGGCUCUUCUGCUCCUCCACAGGAGGUGACGGAGGUUUCAGGUCCAGAGGUGUCUGAAGCUCCAGAAGCUGCUCCUGAGGUUUCAGGUCCAGAGGAGUCUGAAGCUCCAGAAGCUGCUCCUGAGGUUUCAGGUCCAGAGGAGUCUGAAGCUCCAGAAGCUGCUCCUGAGGUUUCAGGUCCAGAGGAGUCUGAAGCUCCAGAAGCUGCUGCAGGACAAGGCUCUGAACACAGUCCAGAAGAGACACAGGAUGUUGAGGGCGACACUGACAUCACAGGAGCAAGUUCAUCAGAGGCUUUAUCAAACCCUGUGGGCACAGUCACAGCUCAGUCCCUGCCUGAGAGCAUGGUAAACACCACCGUAACCACCGUAAAAGCCUCCAAACCCGACUCUGACCCCCAGCAGAAAUGUGUCGUCUCCUAAAUCUAGAGCUUAGAACCUUCUCCCUUCUUCUAGGAGCAAUCCUGCCACACCAGUGUUUUCUACAACUUUUGAGUCUGUCAAUCUUCUCACCUCUUUGAUUUAUGACUUUUAAAUCAAUUCAACAAUCAAAUAUAGAUUUAAAGGCUUGUCUUACAUUUUCUAGAAUUUAACACUUAGUCUUUGUGAUCAAGUUAUCCUUAGCAAAGUCUAUAAUUCCAAACUGUACCUCUACCCUACAAAAUAUGUUUUCUAGAACUAAAUCUCCAACAAAUACAACUACAACUGAAAAAUAUAUCUGCCACAAAAUCUAAACUUACCAACACUGGCGCCUCAGUCCAGAGCUCAGAUGAUGGUCCUGCGUGGCUCUUUUUCUCGACAAUGUCCUUAUGACUCAUCGUUUCAUCUCAAAACUAGAACAUUUUUUUUUAGUUUCUUCUACAGCCUGCUUUAGAACUACCAAACCUUUCCAGAUCCCACUUAAAAGGACCAGUAUCUUCUGGAAUUACGUCUUGGAGAAAAUUGAAACUCAAACCCAAGAUUCCAGAUGAAAAUCUGAACCUCCCUCUCGUACGAACUCCCUUCUUCUUGAUCCGUCGACGUCUUCUAGAACUUUUAUCCUUUCUCUGCAAUAAAACCCUUCAAACUCCUGAUCUUUGGUAGAACCAAAUCUAGAACCUCGGCCACUUCUAAUCUACCAACCAUAGAACUUCUUCUAGAAUAAUGCUACGAUUCCAAGGUUUCGGGAAUCUUCUAGGACUCACUUGAGGCUUUGUCCAAAACUGCCAAAAAAUUGAAACGUUUAGAAAUUAGUCUAGAUAGAUAGAUAUAGAUAUUAGUCAGCUACUUCUAAUCUAGAUCUUCCAGUUUCUCCAAACGUAGAACUCUUCCUAGCCAAGACUCCCAGGUCUUGGGGAAUCUUCUGGAACGAGACCUGGAGCUCACUUUUUUCCAAAAACUGCUGACCUUGUAACUUCUAGAAAUGAUUAUUCUUCUCUAGACCUAAAGUCUAGAACACCUGACGUGUUCUAACACAGACCCCUAGAUGCCCCAACUUCUUCUAGAUAUCUCAAACGCUACAGUGCAUUUACAUGGCAGAGAAUUCCAGAUUUGUGUGGCCUAUGUUUACACAGGACUUUUGCAUUGGUAUUAAAAGUAUAAAUGAAAAAUAAAGGAUGGGGGGAAGCAGUUUUUUUGGGAGGUUAAUGCGUGUGUUUUACGUGAAGGAUUCAGAGUCUGAACAGAGUCUGCGGUCGUCAGGGUAACGGUUGUUAGAGAGCAGACUUUCUGAGGUGGAUGGUGUUUAACAGUCAUGGGUUCGUGUUUUUAUAAAAAGGCAGAAACAAACAAAGUGUCCUUAUUUUUGUGAACCAUAUUUUUUUAAUGUGUCUCUUAGGGAUCGGUGAUUUAAAGAAAGCUUAUUGUUUUACUGUCUGAGCUCAUUUUUGCAAGUAAAUAAACGUUGUCUGCUUGCUUCUAUGCAUCUGCCAUUUUUAUUUCCAUAAGCUAAAUAUGACAUAAAAUAAACUGUUGUUAACACAGUUGUUCAGCAUAAUCAGAUUUACUCUCCACGGGACAGAUUUUAGUGAUUAUUUUCAGAUGAUUGUGGCCAUGAAAAUGCACUGGUUUGAAAGUGAUUAACACUCUGCCGCUGCAGGUGAAAACCUCCAUAUGUCAUUCACUUUAGAUUUCAUCGGUUUGGAAAACUGCAAGUUGCACUAAAUCAACAGCAACGAUAAAAGAUUGACGUAAAAAUAAAAACUAAAAGCCUAAAAGGCUUUGGACGUGUGAGGUUUCCAUGUGCGGUCAUACUGAGAUGUCUCACGUUCUAUUAUAUAGCAUGUGCUGAACCUGUAAAUUGUCUUUCCACUCUGUCCACAUAUCCACACAUGAUACACAAAUACAAACAAUAAACCACCA